AUGUCGAACACAAUUGCCCUUUAUCCUCUUUCCAACUUCACAUUCAGCACCAAAGAAGCCCAACCCGAGGAGGACCCGUCCGUGUCCGCGCGCCUUCAGCGCCUGCAAAAUAAUUAUGAGGACUUCGGCAUGCGACGAACCGUAGAAGGGAUCUUGGUCGUUCAUGACCAUGGUCAUCCCCACAUUCUCAUGUUACAGAUCGCCAAUGCGUUCUUUAAGCUGCCGGGCGAUUAUCUCAAGCCAGGAGAAGACGAGAUUGAGGGUCUCAAGCGUCGUUUGGAUGACCGUCUGGCACCGCCCACCGACUCGCGUCAAUUCAACUCCUCACAUGGUGUAGACAAUGAAUGGGAGAUUGGUGACUGUUUGGCGCAAUGGUGGCGCCCUAACUUUGAGACCUUUAUGUAUCCGUUUAUUCCUGCCCAUAUAACUAAACCAAAAGAGUGCAAGAAGCUGUUUUUGGUCCAAAUGCCGGAACGAAAAGUCCUUGCUGUUCCCAAAAACAUGAAGCUUCUGGCCAUUCCCUUGUUUGAACUAUACGAUAACGCUGCAAGAUACGGUCCUCAGCUCUCUGCAAUUCCUCAUCUUCUUUCUCGAUACAACUUUAUUUACCAGUAG